CCCACCAAUGGCGGUGGCUCUUCUUAAGCCAACCGGUGCGUGUGUGUAUGCGUGUCAAGGGGGAGGCAGGAUUAUUGCAUCUGUUUGUUUUCGUGUCCUCUUGCACACGUUGUGGUGAAUUAUAUCAAAGUCUGCGGCGUGCACUUGAGAAACCGAGCCAGGAUGGGCGGUAACACUUCCAGCCACUUACCACCGGAUGAUGAUGAAGAUAAGGUGACGUUUAUCAGUGGCAUUCGGCUGUCUGACCGGGUCAUCAAACGGAUGAAACAAACUCAUAAGAUAGCGACCCCUUCUUCUCCUCACUCACCUGAAGCUUCUCCUCCGUCAUCAGUCAAGCGUCAGAUCCCAGCAGAAGAAUUCCAAAAGACACCAAUAGACCCUCUUCUUCCUCAUCCUCCACCUACUAAACUUCCCCCACCAGUCAAUUUUUACUCCUUUCCACCUCCUGCUGACCUGAAAACAUCAGCUCCACAUGACCAGUCACAGACAACUAAGCUCACAGAAGAAGUGGUCUCCUCAUCACCUUCUCUGCUACCUUCCCUACCACAAGAGAUGACCUCUGUUCCAGCGGUCGAGCCAAAAGCACCACUUGAGGCAUCAUCUCCCCCUGGACAUUCUCCUGAGAAGUCUCCUCCACCUCAGAGUUCCCACCCAACACCACUCAUAGAUCGUCAAUCCCCGCCUCUGAAUGUGGAGUUACAAACACUUCCAAUACAACCCGUGGUCGCCUCCCCACCUCCUUUAGUAGAGCCUGUUGUCAACGCCCCACUCACCAAUCUGGAAUCUAAAACUCCUUCUCCUGCUGAACCUGUGCUCUCCUGUCCACCUCCUUCAGUAGAACCUGUUGUCAACACCCCACUUCCCAACGUGGAAUCUCAAACUCCUCCUCCUGCUGAACCUGUGCUCUCCUCCCCACCUCCUUCAGUAGAUCCUGUUGUCAACACCCCACUUCCCAAUGUGGAAUCUAAAACUCCUUCUCCUGCUGAACCUCCAGUCACCUCUCCACCUCCUUCAGUAGAACCUGUCGUCAGCGCCCCACUUCCCAACGUGGAAUCUCAAACUCCUCCUCCUGCUGAACCUGUGCUCUCCUGCCCACCUCCUUUAAAUCCUUCUACACAACCAGAACACCCUCCUCUAUUUACAGAAUUGGAAACAACACUUUUACCUAAUACCUCCACUCCAUCUCCACCUCAUCCUCCCUCAUCACCCGUUCAGGUGGAUCCUCCUCUCGAUCUUGAAGCCCCGUCUCCACAGUUGGAGCUGCAGCCACCCUCACUAGUUGAGUCUGACAGUUUAACUUUGUCAUCGUCUCCCAAAUCCCCAGAACUUGACAAGUCUCCACUUGUACCUCACGUUGAACUCCAAGAACUAGAAACUACUCCAUCAAUCCCGGAAGAGACGCUCACAACUAUACCUGAUCUCCCAACUGAACCUCUCCAACUUGCUCCUCUUCAACCUUCUGAGCUUGCCAAUGCAUCUCUUGUACCCCCACCUGCUGCCGAUGUUGUCUGUGUUCCACAUCCGGCCUCACCUGAACUUUGUGUAGAUGAGUUUAAGCCCUCAUGUAGGCUAGUGACACCUUCUCCUGAACCACGUGCUGCCCCUCCCACUACUGCUGAGGAGCCUGGUGCACCUUGUCCCUCUCUGGCUGUUUCACCUGUGGUUUCCCCUUCUGUUGACGCAAGUCCUGCAACAGAACCCCCCAUCGUGAUCCCCACUCCAGCCCCUGUGAUUGAGGAAAAGGGACUGGCCCACACCUCAGUACCACCUCCUGCAUCAGUUCCUCCAGACGUGUUUGAGCAAGAGCUGAGGCAACAAAUCAGAGAGGAGAUGUUGAGAAGCCUGGAGGAGGAAAUCAGCCAGAGGAAGCAGGAGCUGCAGAGACAGCUGGAGGAGAUGCGUGUGCAGGCGCAGACGGCGGCCAAGGCAGCUGUGCAGGACCAGGUCGAGCAGCAGGUGAAGAGGAAAGCGGAGGAAGAGAAGUCAAUCUUCUCAAAGACUCUCUCCGAGUCCGUUUUUGCCGAGCCAACGGAAACAGUGGUUGCGAAGCUGAAAAUUCAACAAUAUUGGCUGGAGCAGAAGGCCCGUAAGCUGGAGGAGCGAGAGUUGGAGUUGAAAAAGCGCAACGAUCUCUACGCACAACACCUAUCGAAACUUGAGGCUAAGUGCGCGGACUUUUAUAAGGUGGCGGCUGAGAAUUUCCAAAAAGGCAAAGAGGAGACGCAAAGGCGAUUUGCCCGCUACGACUCCCAGCCGGUGUGCGGUGACCUGCAGAACCAGGUCUUGAAGUGUUACCUGGAGAACCCAGGAAAGUCUCUGUCCUGCUCCAGAAUUGCUUCAGCAUACAUGCAGUGUGUUGACAACGCUAAAAAAAUAAACUGAGCAUGGGAGAUUAUUUAUUAAAGCACCUGAUGGUUCGACACUCGAGAAAAAACAGCAAAAUCUUCAAGCAAAGUGUUUAUGUGGAUGUUUUCCCGGAUUAUGUACAACACUAUUUAGAUCUAGGAUCGGCAACUGCGCACGCUUGUUUUUGAGCUUUAGGUCGCCAAUACUUGGUCAAUCUCCAACACAAGUGCGGAUGAAUUUGUAAGCAAUAUGAGCUCAGAUUUUGUGCCUUAGUCGUUUCUCACAUGUGUUUUCCAAAGAUUAAGUGUGGCUGUCUCAAUAAAUAUGAACUAUAAAUCUUGGU